AUGCCGCCCGCCCCGGGGCGCCCCGCAGCGCCGCCGCCGGGCGCAACCGCUGCGCAACCGCCCGCUCCCGGCCGCCCACGGCCUCGCCGCCGCGCCCCUCCCUGCGCCCCGCAGGCGGUACACAAGCAGCCCGGCGGCGAGCCCCUGCUGGAUGUGGUGACGGAGGAGGGGCAGGAGGUGGCGGGGCUGCCCGCGGGCGACUGCUGCCUGCAAAAUGAGCGGGACGACACCGUGGAUGAUCUGGUGAAAUCCGACUUCCUGCACGAGCCGGGCAUCCUGCACACGCUGCAAGUGCGGUACGGCCUGGAUUCCAUCUACACCUACUCUGGAAACAUACUCAUCGCGGCCAACCCGCACAAGCGGCUGCGCCAGCUGUACGGCCCGCGCAUGAUGGCGCAGUACAGGGGCGUACCGCUGGGGGAGCUGUCGCCGCACGUGUACGCGAUCGCCGAGCAGGCGUACAGCGCCAUGAUGAUGGACGAGGCGCGGCAGGCCAUCCUGAUCAGCGGCGAGUCGGGGGCGGGAAAGACCGAGAGCGCCAAGAUGGUGAUGCAGUACCUGGCCCACCGCGCCAUGCCCGCCCACCAGCACCAGCACGCGCUGGGCGGCGCCAGCGUGGCGCGCACUGGCAGCGGCGGCGGCGGCGGCGGCGCGGCGGCGCCGACAAACGGCGUGGAGAGCGCUCCGAUCGAGGAGCAGGUGCUCGAGUCCAACCCUCUGCUGGAGGCCUUUGGCAACGCCAAGACCUCGCGCAACGACAACUCCUCCCGCUUUGGAAAGUUUGUGGAAAUCGACUUUGACAGCGGCGGCCGCGUGGCGGGCGCCUCCAUCUCCACAUACCUGCUGGAGAGGUGCGGGGCGGCGGUGGCGGUGUGGGCCCCCAGCCGUUCCUACCUAUUUUUCUACCAACUCCUGGAGGGCGGCGCCGCCUCCUUCCGCUACCUGCACCAGUCUGACGUGUACACGCUGACAGAUGUGGAUGAUGCCCAGGAGUUCAGGCACACCCUGGAGGCGAUGCGCAUCGUGGGCCUGCAGCAGCACCACGUGGAUGCGGUGCUGCGCACAGUGGCGGGCGUGCUGCACCUCGGCAACGUCGACUUCACGCUUUCCAGCCGCGACGAGGCGGCGGUGGCGGGCGGCGCCGGCAUCGCGGCCCUGGAGGCGGCGGCGCGGCUGCUGGGGGUGUCUGACCUGGGGCUGGAGGCGGCGCUGACCACCCGCGCCAUCGACGCACGGGGCGAGCGCAUCGUGAAGCGCCUGGAUGCGGGCGCCGCCGCGGAGAGCCGCGACGCGCUGGCCAAGACCCUGUACGCCCGCCUCUUUGACUGGCUGGUGGCCGCCAUCAACCGCAAGAUAAACUCCCUGGGCUCCGGCGGCGGCGCGGCCUCGGGGCAGCAGCAGCGGCGCUCCAUCGGCAUACUGGACAUCUACGGCUUCGAGUCGUUUGACCUCAACUCCUUUGAGCAGCUCUGCAUCAACCUAGCCAACGAGCGCCUGCAGCAGCAGUUCAACGCGCACGUGUUCAAGGGGGAGCAGGAGGAGUAUGCGCGUGAGGGCAUCGCCUGGUCCUACAUUGACUUUGUGGACAACCAGGACUGCCUGGACCUGCUGGAGGGCGGCGCCGCCAGCCUGGGCGUGUUCCCGCUGAUCGACGAGGCCUGCCGCCUGCCGCGCGCCACCUACCAGGCACGCCUGCGCUGGUCUAAGGACCUGGCGCACACGCUGCGCACGCGGCUGGCCGGGCAGCCCCGCUUCGGCGCGCCGCGCCGCCAGCAGCACGCGUUUGUGGUGGACCACUAUGCUGGAGAGGUGUGCUACUCUGCGGAGCACCUGAUGGACAAGAACAAGGACUUUGUGGUGGCUGAGCACGCCCACCUGCUGGGAUCCUCCUCCCUGCCCAUGAUCCGGGAGCUGUUUGCGGCGGACGCCGCCGCCGCCGCCGCGGGCGGCGCCGCCGCCGACUCAAUCGCCGCCUCGGCCGGCAGCGAGCUGCCCAGCCCCAAGAGGGGCCGCCGCUCCGCCUUCAUGCUGUCAAGCGUGGGAGCCCGCUUCCGAAAGCAGCUGGCCGGGCUGAUGGGCACCCUGGGGCGCUGCCAGCCGCACUACAUCCGCUGCGUCAAGCCCAACGCCGAGAGCCGCCCCGGCAGCCUGGCGCCCGAGUACGUGUUGGAGCAGCUGCGGGCGGGAGGGGUGCUGGAGGCUGUUCGCAUCGCGUGCGCGGGCUUCCCCACCCGCAAGCCCUUCCUGCCCUUUGCCCAGCGCUACGCCCUGCUGCUGCCGGAGGCCGCGGCUGGCGCCAAGGGCGGCGGUGGCGCGCUGUCCCUGCCUCUCACCCCCUCUGGCUUCAUCGACUGCCAGCUGGACGGCUGGCAGCUGGGCAGGAGCCGGGUGUUCCUGCGUGCGGGCCAGCUGGCACAGCUGGAGGGCGCGCGCGGCCGCCGCCUGAGCGCCGCCGCCGUCAAGGUCCAGUCGGCGUGGCGGGGCAUGGAGGCGCGGCGCCAGCUGCGCGCCGCGCGGGCGGCGGCGGUCGCCAUCCAGGCCGCGUGGCGGGGGCGCGCAGGACGGGCGGCUGCGCGGCAGCUGCGCCAGGACCGCGCCGCGGUACGGCUGCAGGCCGCCUGGCGCAUGCACCGCCAGCGCUCCGCGUACCAAUUACAGCGGCGGUGA